UAAGGAAGCGUUUAAAAACCAGGUUCGUAAUUCAAAGAAUCAUUCUAGUGAAAACUUCCACUAAGAACAAGUCGAAAUGGCGUCCAAAGUUGUGGUCAUCUUUGCUUUUGCUGUCCUGAUUCAGGCCAUCGCCGGUCAGAAGGGCGGUUGCUGCGGGUCCGGCCGCUCCGGCAGAUACGGCAGCUCCGGCUGUGGCUGCUCAUGUGGUGGCUCUGGAAGCUCUAAUGCCGUCUACGGUAACUCCAUCAACAUCCCCACAAGCGGCGGCGACUUCGUCGUCACCAGCGUCGGCCCCAUCUCCCCCUCCGGCAUCUACGUCUCCUCCGACCUGGACCUGAGAGGAGACUUGGACGUCUACGGAGAAAUGCCCUUCCUGAGCGCCGUGGAGUUCUCUGGCGAAUACGACACUCAAGGUUCUGGCUGCGUGGACUACAGCUGCGGCACCUGCGGGAACGUGGCCAUCACCAGCGUGCAGGGCAGCUCCGGCUGCGGCUGCGGCUCCAGCUGCGGCUGCGGCUCCAGCUGCGGCUGCGGCUGUCGUUAAGACAAUACACUACACUCGACCAAGUGAUAACAUUUAGUUAUCUUUGGCUCUCCCUACGAACUCGUACAUAUGUCGUAUAUAUUGAUAAAUAAAAGUGCAUUAUCAGA